CUGCAGAUCACUGCAGCGGAGCGGACCAGUCUCAGUCACGAGGAACCCAGCGAUAGGUCGCUGAGAAUGAGCUCCGUCUAAUACUGAGAAAUUCAGCGAGCAGGAGCAUCACACGUCGUUGCAGUCUGAAAUGAUGACAGUUAUCCGUAAUAAGAUGGUACGGCGGGCAGCAGCAACAACUCGGCACAUCCCGGUGAUCCUGGUGAUUAUGAUUUCCCUACAGAAUGCCGCUGCACAGGACGGGUCGCCGCCAGCCAGCAUCCUGAUUAACAUCGAGCAGCCACUGACCGCAGGCCUCAGCUACGAGAUCACGUGCCGCGCUGUGGACGGGGAGACACCGCCAGACAUCUUCUGGUGGCUCGGUGAUCGGAAGCUGCACAACAGUAUAGAGCGCACACUGGUAACCGAAGAUGGGAACGAGACUGUAUCAAUACUGUUGCUGACGCCAUCACCGGAUGACAAUGGGCAAACCCUCAAGUGUCAAGCCAAGGGCGCACGUGGUGUGCAGGAGAAAUCAGUGGAACUUCUUGUCCACUAUGCCCCGAUUGUCGCUCUGUAUAUGGAUCGUCCUCCGCGUCCCGACGGCAUACGCGAAUGGGAUAACAUCACUUUGAAGUGUUAUACACAGUCAAAUCCGCCCACGUGGAGUGUGAAAUGGAUGUUACAGGGCCACCCGCUGAAGGAGAUCACUUCUAGUGGGCCACUCAACCACGAGUAUAGUCUGAGACUGAACGACAUCAACCGCACACAGGCUGGCAAUUACACCUGCAUCGUUUCCAAUGCAAUAGGGGACACUGAGAGCUCUCCGUUGCGGGUGACCGUUAAGUACAGACCAGUUUGCCGGUUGCAGCAUCCUAUGGUUUACGCCGUAGCCCUUGGUGAUGAUGUGGAGUUGGACUGCGCAGCGAACGCCGUCCCACCAGCGACCAGCUACCACUGGAUGUUCAGUCAAUCGAUGAUGGAUGCGGGGCCCUACAUAUGGCACCUGAGGGGUCCCAGCGGGGAGAUGAUAUCAUAUGUAGAGUGGGCGAGUGGGGUGUCGUGGCGAAACCACCAGCCUACGAAGGACACGGAAUACGGCACCUUCUUCUGCACGGCAAAAAACACCAUUGGAGAGCAGCUGGACCCGUGUGUCUUUCAUGUGGUUCCACCAGGAUUGCCAGACGCUCCAUCCAACUGCUCCGUUUUGAACGAGACGACUGACUCUUUCGCGGUACAGUGCUCUAACUCAACUGACGUGGGAUUCCGCCAGAGCUACCAGCUAGAAGUCUUCGAUGUCAAAACAGGCAACUUAAUGUUCAAUAAGACGCAGAAGUCGCCAGUCUUCCUAGUGGACGACAUCGAACCUAACCAAGACAUCACGAUGCGCAUCGCAGCUAUCAGCCCCAGGGGUCGCAGCGGGUGGACCAGGAUGAACAUCUUUAGAGUGCCGUUUUCUCAAAGUCCCUGAUUCACUACCGUACAAUGCUAUGCUCCAAAGUGACACAAGAGAUGUGGAAGUGAUGAUAACCUGGAGAGAAAGAAGCAGACAUCUUAGGACAUGGAGUCGUACUCACAUCGGGCACCUGUUGUGUCUUGCACCUUCCUAGGCGCCACCAUCGCGAAUACACAACAACAUUUAUCGCUGCACUACCUCUGGUACCAGUGUAACUUCCAAUACUUGAUUCCUAUACGUCAAAAGGACGCCAUGUUGGUUGAAGCAUUAUUAUAUUUCAAUGCUAGUUAUACACUUACUGAGUAAGAUAUAAAUACCACUUUUUGUAAAAAAUCCUAAAAACAGUUCCAAUAAUUAGAAAUAUGAAAUAUCAAGCAUAUUAAUGUUAAUUAAAUAGUUAUAGCUUCAAUAAAGGAGAACAUAAAGAAGAAAUGUGGAGUACAGUUUAAUAGAACUGAUGAAUAUAGUUAUAGCAGGAUAUAGCAUAAUUACAUGCAAUGAAGCAGCAGAUUAUAUAAUUGUAAUGCAAAUUUUAAUUGUUACUCUACAAAUGUUGGAGCAUAAGUAGUGUCAAUUUUUUCUGUUGCGAAAUGAAAGCAGUUAAACAAUGAAUAGAAAAUGUAUGAAAACGUAUGUUUUAUCCAUAAUAAUUUCAGUAAAUAAAACUGUCACCUAUCACGAAAGAAAUUAUUUACCAUAUUUCGAGCACUGCCAUCUAGAACGGCUAAUUUCAAACCAACGUUUAUCGGGAAGACUCAGUGUAACCGUAUGAAAUAAGACUAUAAUAAUACCUACAAAUAUUUACCUAGCCAUUCCUACAUUACUAGUAUUGUAAUUCUGCUUCUUUUGAUCAUCUGAUGGCUUUACAAGACCGUAAAUGACAGCAUCAUCUGCAAACAGGGAUUGUUGCUUC